AUGGACACGUGGACGUCGGAACAGGUUGAGAGCAUGAAGCGUAACGGCAACAAUGCAGUCAAUAAAGCGUACAAUCCCAAGAAUAAGAAACCCGACAUGCCGCUCGACGCCGACGAAGUAGACUCGGCCAUGGAAAGAUUUAUACGGAAAAAGUACCAGGAAAAGAGUCUGGCAGAUGGGAAACCACAGCCUCCCCAGCGAGACGACAGUUCACCCACCGCUUACUCUCCGAGACCGCCUCUUGAAGACCCAGAUUCACCUCCGCCUCCUGUUCCUACGAAGAAAGGCAAGAUAUUUGGAUUUGGCCUGAGGGCGUCGUCGUCGGCGUAUCCCUUCUCCAAGUCUGAUAAGAAGAAAAAAUCACAAGAACCUCGGGUGGAUAGCGCGUUCCCCAUACCUACCAGGGGCUACGAUUCCAGAAUGGACGACGCGCGCUAUGAGAUGACGGACGCGGAGCUGGAGCGAAAGUUGGCGACCCUGCGAGACAUGGGCUUCACCGAAACUGAGCGGAACGCAAACCUGCUUCGACGGUUGAACGGCAAUGUGGAGAGGGUUGUCGAGACUCUAGUUCGACUGGGACCUCGAGAGAAUGGAGACACUACUUCGAGGCAGAAUACCAGGUCGGCUUCAGCUCAAGCACCUCCCCCGACUUCUAGAGCUCCUGAGCCAUCCUACAACCCUUUCACGCAGUCGGCGAGUCAGCCUACAAUCGGCCUGUCAUUAGGCAAGCCACAUGAACCCUCGACACCGACAAGCACGACGACCUUUGGCAGCAACAAUCCCUUUGCUCCGCCUGACCGUACGACGACAGGGCUUGAGCAAUCGUUUCAAUCAAUGCAGGUAUCACAGCAGCCUCAACAAGCAUUGUUUCCUCACAGCACUGGGGGAUAUCCCAGUCAACCUGCCCCCAUACAGGAUCCUCGCUCUCAGUACUCAAUGACGCCUCCAGUCACGUCGACGCAGUAUCAAGACUUCGUGGCUUCGCCGCCAGCGCUUCCCGUUCCCAGCAACCCUUUCUUCCAAACGGCCUCACUUUCAGCUCAGUCUACUGGAAAUAAUCCAUUCCUCACCCAAUCCCAAGUACCUAUGUCUCCGUCAACAAAUCCAUUCCUCAAUCAAGGCCUCAAUCAACCACCACAACCACCACAAAGGCAGGUCUCGCUACCUGCAAGCUUUAAUCCUUUUGGCAUUCCACCUACACAGACCUCGCCUGGGCAGCAGCAGCAGCAGCAAUUCCAACCACAAGAUCCCUUCGGUACGACUCCCCAGCAGACGACCCAGCAACAAAAUGAUCCUUUCCAGACGCAGGCCGCACAGCAGCAGGCUCAGCCAGCCGGUUACCAAACAGCACAGUCCCCAUUUGGAUUCCCUAACACCCAGUAUGCGCAAGCUCAACCACAGGCGCCGCCACAACAGCAGGCUCAAGGACAAGCAUCGCAAUUUCUACAACAGCACCAGCCUUCUUACCAGCAACAAUCAGAACAACAAUAUCCGCAACAAACUCAGCAGCCAUUCCAGCAGUUCCAGCACAUGCCUCAACAAAGUGGUCGCCACGACAAAACCUCCAUCCUUGCACUCUAUAAUUAUCCGCAACUUACGUCUCAACGCCUAGCGUCCAUCCCCGAGCCAGCAACUGAACAGCAGCAACCCCAGCAACAGCAACCACAACAGCAACCACAACAGCAAUACCAACAACAAUACCAACAACAAUACCAACAACAAUUCUCGCCAAUGCCAUCAGAUCCGUUCGGGAAUUUGCCAUCACCGAAACGGAGCGCGACCAUGCCAGUCAGCUUAUCGAACAUGCAUUCCGCAGGCGGAAGCGGGAAUCGGAACCCUUUCAUGACGAAUACAAAUGCUGCAACUCAGAACAUGAGUGCAGCCAUGAAUCCCUUCGGUGGUGGUACGAGUCCGUUCGCAUCACCUCCGCCCCAGCCUGGUCCGCAGGCACAAACCCAACCUUCACCAUUCGGGCAAGCCCAAGCCCAACAACCCCAGCAGCGAUACGCACAUGGCCAGCAGACCAAUCCGUUCGGCCAGGUCCAAGAGAUCGGCCACGGCUUUGUCCCGGGCGGCGGUUUACCUGGCACGACGAUCAAUUACAGCCAAGGACAAAUCUUGUCCACGCAGCAACGACCAGCGCAAGGGGUUGCAGCACGACAUGCGAGCAGCGAGAGCAUGGCAGUGAACAAUCUUGACGCAGGAAGGCACAGUCCCGACGCGUUUGCGAGUCUAAGUGCACGGUAUGGAUGA